AUCGAGCCUGAGCCUGAAGAAACUGCUGAUGAGAUCAAUGCAGCACACUACAGUCAAGGACAAGUUGCUGCUGGAUUCACUUCCACUACCAUGGCACCUGUAACUAAGCAAAAGGCAGCUGUACUAUCUGAUGAGACAGUUCGGUAUAAACGAGUAAAGAAGAACGGUUACGUUCGGAUUAUUACCAAUCACGGGUCUUUGAAUAUUGAGCUGCAAUCAAUAUUUCUCAGAUUCUGUCCAAAAGCUCCAAAAACUUGUGAAAAUUUUAUUUUACUGUGUCGAAGAGGAUACUACAAUAAUUCGAAGUUCCACAGGAUAAUAAAGAAUUUUAUGAUGCAAGGAGGCGAUCCUACAGGGACUGGUCAUGGUGGAGAAUCAGCUUGGGGAAAACCAUUCGAUGACGAGUUUGCACCGGGACUUUCCCAUGAUGCGCGAGGGAUUCUUUCAAUGGCGAAUAAGGGUACAAAUACAAACCAAUCUCAGUUCUUUAUAACAUUUCGGCCGUGUAAAUACCUUGACAAGAAACAUACGAUCUUUGGACGAGUUGUUGGAGGACAAGAGACCUUGAUAUCUAUAGAAAAAGUGGAGACAGAUGGUGAUCAGCCCAAAGAACCAGUAUAUUUCAUGCGCGCUGAAGUAUUUGUUGAUCCUUUUGAGGAAGCUGAAGCAGAGGUUCAGAAAGAGCGAGCGAGUUUAUUGAGUAAAGGUAUGCUUGUUUUGCGCGGUAGAGUUUCGUUUUGUACUUACCUCCCUUCAGAUGCACAAAAAGAAGCUGACGCAAAAAGAGACGCGAUCGCUAAGCCCAAGGCAUUCAGCACAGGAGUUGGAAAAUAUAUUAAUCCUCAGAACAAAAGACUUGCUAGCGAUGUAAGUUUUUUCUCGUGGGAGAUUGUGUUCUCAUAA